UCGUAACAUUGUGGAGACAAAUAUAGAUAAAGCAGUAACUCAUCAUUAUUUAAAAGGUGUCUGAAUGUGUCUGGGAAUGAGGAGUGUCAUAUAUCAUAAACAUAUCCGGUAAUUCUGAUCGUAUUGUUCAGUCUGUCAUAUAGCAUAAACAUAUCCGGUAAUUCUGAUCGUAUUGUUCAGUCUGUCAUAUAGCAUAAACAUAUCCGGUAAUUCUGAUCGUAUUGUUCAGUCAGUAUUAGGCUACAGUCUGUCUGACUGAACUCACAUGUGCAUAUUGCGUUCGGGCUUCAAGUUGAACUGGUUCUUCUUACAGGAUUAAUGUCGCACUGUCUCUUUAAAAAACACUCAUAUUGUCCAGGAAGUUGUCACGUAAUCAGAGGACGGCGCUCAUUGUUUGUAUCCGAUAGGUCGAAGGGUGCAGUUGAAACGCUCGAACAUCUUGAGAAUGGCUCUAGCAGGCUCGGACUCCAUGGACGAAGGAAAAGGCGAGACGUUUCUACUUAAAGCCAUCAAAAUAGGUGGUGUGGUGGCACUUUAUUGGUUCAUUUCAAUAACCAUGGUGUUCUUAAAUAACUACUUGCUAGACAGUAAAGAUUUGGACGCGCCGCUAUUUGUGACAUUUUACCAGUGCCUUGUGACUGUCGGACUGUGCUAUGGCAUGCACUUGCUGUCCCACUUAUGUCCGGGUGUCAUCGACUUCCCCUCCGUCAAGUUCGACCUAAAGGUAUGCCGGGAGGUUCUACCCCUGUCCAUCGUGUUCAUUGGAAUGAUAACCUUCAACAACCUGUGCCUGAAGCAUGUAGGGGUGGCCUUCUACACUGUCGGCAGGUCACUCAGCACGGUCUUCAACGUUCUACUCUCCUACGUGAUCCUCAAGCAGACCACGUCCUUCUACGCCAUCCUGUGUUGUGGAAUUAUUCUAGGUGGAUUCUGGUUGGGUGUGGACCAGGAAGGUGUGGCGGGCUCCCUGUCGUGGACGGGUGUGUUUUUCGGUGUGCUGGCCAGCGCCUGCGUCUCCCUCAACGCAAUCUUCACCAAGCGGGUCAUGCCGGCGGUAGAUGGAAACAUCUGGAAGCUCUCCUUCUACAACAACAUCAACGCCUGCAUCCUCUUCCUCCCACUCAUCCUCGUCUUCGGCGAAGUCGGCCACCUCGUCCAUUUCAGCCGUCUGGGUGACCCCACGUUCUGGGGCAUGAUGACGCUGGGCGGCGUGUUCGGUUUCGCCAUCGGCUACGUGACGGGCCUCCAAAUCAAGUUCACGAGUCCACUGACGCACAACGUGUCGGGGACGGCCAAGGCCUGCGCUCAGACGGUCAUCGCUGUGGUCUAUAACCAGUCCAGUAAAAGUUUCCUGUGGUGGACUAGUAACCUGAUGGUCCUUGGUGGGUCUUCUGCCUACACCUGGGUCAAAGGCAUGGAGAUGAAGAAGGUCCAUAUUCCCCAGGAGGAGUCCAAAGAGAAACUGCUAGGGGAGAAGAGUGGUGCCGGGGUAUAGUGGGACUAGGAUGACCUUCCGUCAUGGUGGUGGUGACCCGGGGGUAUAGCGGGAUGAGGAUGACCUUCCGCCGUGGUGGUGUGGUGACCCGGGGGUAGAGCGGGAUUAGGAUGACCUUCCGCCAUGGUGGUGACCCGCUGGUGACAUAAGACAAUGUAAACACUAAGGCCUAACCACGGAGUUGUUUCUAUAGCGAUGUUAUUUUGGAACAGUUGGGCUGUGUGCUGUCAAUCUAAAUGAACAUUACUAUAGUAACACAAACAGGUGUAGGAAGGCGACGGGGUUGUUUUGUUACUCAGUGGACCCUUAUUGUUUUAUCAUUUCCUUAGAACGUUACUUUGUCCAAUUAUUUUAUUUGUUAUUUAUUUAGAUUACUCAGUGUGUAUGGGUGGGGGGGUCAUGAAUUAUAACCUAAAUCAUUACUGUCUCUGCUUUCAGAACAGCAGAAAACCUAUUUUGUUAAUUAUUCACAUGCCAUGUCUGUAGGAUGGUAUCUAAACAAAGUGACUUUCCUGUAUGCGGCAUCAGGAAUGUGAUGCAAAACUGCAAUAUGAGACGGCGAAAGACAGUUUUUUUAAUGACAAGUGGGGCUCUUUAUGUUGGGUAUACAGUUUGCAUGUGGAGACUGACUGUAAGGCUACAAUAGCUCACCUUAGUUAAUAAGUGAUUAAGCCAGUGCUUGUUUGACGGACAGCUUUACGUUAUAUCUUUGAAGCAGUGACACUGUGGGUGAUAAAAAGUGAAAACCGUCAAAGCGAUGGUCGGUUCUCUCUCGCUUCAGUAGGGGCACUGCAUUUUAAAUAAUUGACAACAAAGGAUGUAAUCUGAACUGUUUAUGCCCUGAGAUGGAGAUUUUCUAUGACUGUUUCAGUGUGUGUGUGUUUUGUCUUCAAAGAAACGGAUUAUAGAAGGAAUGUUAAAGAUCAUGUAUGUGUUGAUGUAUUGUCUGUGUCCAGAAACUUCAAUCCUGAAGGAAGACUGCAGGCCACUUGGGUAACCGGCCAAGUGGCCUGCAGGAGCAUUAUUACUAUGUCAUAACUCCUUCCUGUCUCAGUGCUGGGUUGAGACCCUGCACUCUAAAACAGCCUCCUUUCCUAAAGUCCUCUCUGCUUGUCCUCUUCUGUAGUGUCAUCAUUUCAGACCAAUGAGAAUAAGGAAAUGGGACACUAGAAAAUGAAUGUACAUAGAAAGACUCAAGGCUGGUGAUCUGAGAGAUCCUAAAAUGUGGGUCUCUCAGAUUUCAGAUUUUGCUUCUGCGUCCAUUUGAUACAAAGUCUGUUUUUUUUAUACUAUAUUUUUUUUCCUCAGGGUUUGUAGUGCGUUGGAAGAUACCGAUACUGUAUAUGGGAUUUCCAAAACUGGUUAGCCUACAUAGAUGGUUUUUUUCCAGAUUGUGUUUUUAAGAAAAUAUACAGAUUUAUUUUAGAAAAUAUAAAGUUAUUCAGUGACUGUGACUUAUAUGUGUACUUUAGAAAAAUAAAUGAACAUUCUGUUAAUCAUAA